AUGGCCCCUCCAGUCGCGAAGAAGGCAGCAGCAGCGUCGAAGCCGGCUGCGCGCGACCGUCGGUCUGUCUCGCGCCACUCCACCCCAGUGUCCGCGUUGACUGAGAACUCCGCUCCGCCUACGCCGGUCACUGCCACGCCCACUCCUGCUGCUGUGCCGAGGGAGACUGCCUACCUCAAGAUUACUGCUUCGGCUCUGCUGUCCGAUGAUCUCAGUAUCGAACAGCUCAUAUCUGGCACGAGUGCUCGUGGAUCUGAGCCUCCUACGGCCAAAGAGCUGAAUAGCUUGCACGACAGGAUCCGCGAUAGUGUCAACAAGUUCAUGGGCAAACGGGGCGAAAUAUGCGAUCGAGGUAUGAGGCAGCUGAUGCAGAAGAAGAAGGAGAGGAUAGCUGCCGAGCGGGAGGAGGAGGCUGCGAGGCAGGCGCAGGAAAUGGCGGAUAAGAGGGAGCGCGAAGACGCGGAGAAGAGGAGAGCUAAGAAGGAGAAGGACAAGGAGCGAGAGAAGGAACGAGAGAAGGAGAAGGGGGCGUUGAGUAGGAAGCGGAGUCGAGAUGAGAUGGAGAUUGACGGCGAGGAGGAGGACAGGGCGAAGCGACGAGAAAGCUUGCCGAGUGUUGGUGCGCAUGGACUGGCGAGACAGGAUGGUGUCGGUGUUCAUGAAGGUCAACCGGCGCCACCAUCUCCACCAGUGCAACCAGGCACAGCGGCACUGGAUCCCAUGGACGUCGCCGCUUCACCAGCUGACUCGGAAGAUGCGCGGACUGAGCCACCAGCCACAAUCCCACUAUAUGAGCGCGCGUUCGGCAAGGAUCCAAGUACAUUCGACGACCCAACCAUAUACGACAUCCGACCGCCUUCUCCUGGUUUACCCGACGAAGAGAUCCGAGAACGAUUGAACGUCCUCCACUGGCCACGCCACGACAUCAGCGGUCUCACAGCAGGCGACCCACCGGAUCAGGACUUCAGCAACGCUAAGCCGGCAAAUCAGGUUAAUUUCUCGACUUUCCAGACUUACGUCGAGCCUUACAUCCGACCUUUCACUGAAGAAGAUGCAGCCUUCCUUAAGGAGAGGGGCGACCGUUUCGCACCGUACGUUAUUCCAAAUCGUGGCAAUAAGAGUUACAAGGACAUCUGGGCUGCGGAGGAUGGCUUGACAGGGAUAGAAGCUCCGGCAAAGGUCGGGCUGAACCCGAAUGAGGCGAGAGGUAGUAUGGAGGAUAUGGACGAUGCUACGGCUGAGACGGAUGAAGUGAGCCAUGGUCCGAUUAUGGAAAGGAUGUUGAGUAUUCUGCGACCACAGCCUGUAGGCGCCAAGCGUGAAGACAACGAAAUCGACGCCAGCGGCGACACCUCCAUGAUCAACGGCACUGACGGCGAUCCCGACAGCGCUCUACCUGGUGCCUCCCUAGACGAUGCUCUCAACAUCAAACCAGCCACCGCGCUCCCUCUCGACUUCCCUCGACCUAGUAACAUUCCACAAAACCUCGACUACGCGACCUUAGAAACCCGCAUGCAGCAGGAACUGACCUACCUCGGCUUCCUGUCACCAACAGAUGUCCAGGACUUCGCCGCACACAACGACGAUGAGAUCGCCGCGAGAUUAAGAACGCUGCAGCACGAACUCCGUCGCGUGAGCAGACAUAACAACAUCCGCAAAGCACGCGUCUUAGAAUUGACCGAAGAGCGCAUGGCCAUGCAAGAAUACACCAACAUAGCCGACGACCUCGACGGCCAAGUCAACGCCGCUUACCUCAAGCGUAACCGCAGUCUCCAAUCCAAACCUUCCAAGAAAGGUUCAUCCUCUUCAGCGGCGGCUCAAGCCCGGGCUGCGGCGGCGGCUGGUAGGGGCGUCGGCAUCGCGGGCGUGGGUGGCAGAGGUGUUAGUGAAGGUGUCAAGGCGUUGAUGCAGAAAAGGAGGGAUUGGAUUGAUAUGAUUGGGCCUGCGGUACACUACGGACGGCCGGACAUUUUGGGGAGUCAGGAGACGAUUUUCAAUGAAGAGAUUUUGAGGAGGCUGGAGAGGGGGGAAAGGGAGGCGGAGGUCGACGGUGGUGUUGGGGAGGGGGAGUGA